UCGUAUGAUUGGCUGCGGCACUGCAGGUCUCUUUGUGCGACUGGAAGGAGUUCAGUUCUCAUACAAAUCACAAUGGAUGAGAAGCCAGCAAGCUAUGCCUGUCCUCUCCAUCAAUAAGAUCUGCCCUGGGUUUACAAUAGGUGACUUUAUAUUAUUUUGACAUUUAAUUUGUUUCGUCAGUUCGUACUGAUACAGCUGUCAGUAACGCAGACUAUUUACGGGGUGGAUGUAUCCCCCAGGAUCGCAAAACAAGUGCUUUAAUGCAGAGAUGGUGAGUGUGUCGGAUGGAAGCGUACAGAAUGAGGAGAGGGUAGCGGGUGAGCCGGCGAGAGCAGAGAUGCACCAGGCGUCGGAUGGGCAGAAAGGGGAUGCGAAGGGCAAACUCACUGAAAACAUCGUCUGGAGAAAUGUCAUCCUGAUGACCCUGCUGCACGUCGGGGCAUUUUAUUCCCUCUUCCUCAUCCCCAAGGCGCACCCCCUUACCUGGAUAUGGUCAUACGUGUGCUUCCUGAUCACUGCUCUGGGGGUGACAGCAGGAGCCCACCGCCUCUGGAGCCACAGGUCCUACAAAGCCAAGUUACCUCUGCGGAUCUUCCUCGCUGCUGCUAACUCCAUGGCCUUCCAGAAUGACAUUUUCGAGUGGUCACGGGACCACCGGGUCCACCACAAGUACUCUGAGACAGACGGCGAUCCCCACAAUGCAAAGCGUGGCUUCUUUUUUGCCCAUGUGGGCUGGCUCUUUGUCCGCAAACACCACGAUGUCAUUGAGAAGGGCAAGAAGCUGGACUUCAGUGACCUCCUCGCCGACCCUGUUGUGGCAUUUCAGAGGAAAUACUACAAGUCCUCGGUGCUGGUGAUGUGCUUCCUGGUGCCCAUGCUGGUGCCCUGGUACUUUUGGGGGGAGACCCUGUGGAACUCCUACUUCCUGCCGUCUAUCCUGCGCUACACAAUCUCCCUCAACGUCACCUGGCUGGUCAACAGUGCCGCCCACAUGUAUGGCAACCGCCCGUACGACAAGAACAUCAGCCCGCGGGAGAACCGCUUUGUCACCUUCGGAGCUAUUGGUGAAGGCUUCCACAACUUCCACCAUACGUUCCCCUUUGACUACUCCACCAGUGAGUUUGGCCUGCGCUUCAACCCCACCACCUGCUUCAUCGACCUGAUGUGCUGGCUGGGCCUGGCCAGUAACUGCAAGAAGGCCUCGCCCGAGAUUAUCCAGGCCCGCAAACUGAGGACAGGGGAGCGGAGUGCAUGAAGACAGCCCACCUCGGUAUUCAUCUCACCAUGAGAGAGAGAGGAAACCACACUGCGAUAAAGAAAAACAAAACAGAUGUCAUGAUAUUUUUUAGGAUAAGAUAGGUUCUUUUCUUCUGGACUCCCCACUUCCUUCUGGUCCUCUUUGUUUUUGUGUUUUUUUGGGGGUUUGUUUUGUUUUGCAACAGCAUGUGUUUAAAGUUUCAUCUGCCAUCGUUUGAUUUCUAGGAUUUGUCAGUGUGCUUAAGAAUUAAUUAAUUGGAAUGUUUUGGACAUAAUAACUGUGAAAUCUGUGUGCUCCAGAAAAGCCAACUGAGUUGCCUUUGUAAUUGAAUCUAAUUUAAUUUAUGUUUUAAAGCUCCAUUUUGUUUCAUGAAAGGAGAAGAGGUAUUUGACAGAUCAGUCCUUACUGGUGCAGUGAGGCCAUGGAACCUACCAAUGUCUCAUGUAGUGAAGUGGUCAAGACUACUGCACCUCAACAUGCUCAGUGGAAUCAGUGUAUGGAUAAUCCUUAUUCUAUAGAUGUUUUCCCUGUCAUUACUUUUUGCUUCCUGUUUCACUUCCUGUUUCCUGUCUCUCCUGGAGUGCAGUUCUGGAGCUUUAUUUAUAAAAAUGGUGUUAGAUUUAAACUUAAACUCUAUUUAUAAGACAUCGUAUCAUGUCUUAAAUAAAACACACCUGCAGUUGA